UAGGUACUCAUAAAAACUCUUGCGUCAUUCUCCAAGUUCAGGAAAUUGUAUAAAAAUCCCCUUAGGUACUGAUUUUGGAUCCAGGUAGCUAAACCAUAUAUCUAUCUCUACUGAGAAGCAUCAACUUUCUUUCAUUACGAUCGUCUUCUAGUUUCGGCAAUAAACAUGUCUUCCUCAAUUCAGAAAAACCUCGCGAGCAAGAAUGCUGAAUAUGCUAGCAAGUUCACUCAAGGCGAUCUUGCCCUUCCGCCUGCUAAACACUAUCUGAUAUUGACCUGUAUGGAUGCUCGUAUCGACCCGGCCGCCGCCUUUGGUAUCAACCUUGGUGAUGCCCACGUUAUUCGAAACGCUGGGGCUAGCGCAAGAGAUGCUCUACGAUCCAUCAUCAUCUCGCAACAACUGCUUGGGACGAAAGAGAUCAUACUUAUUAAGCACACUGGGUGCGGCAUGUUAACAUUUUCCAACGAUGACGCUCAUAGUCUUGUGAAGAAGAAUUUAGGACCGAGCGCUUCUGCAGAAAUUGCCACCCUCGAUUUCCUCCCCUUCACCAAUAUAGAUGACGCUAUAAAGGGAGACGUUGAGUACUUAAAGAGGAGCGCUGCUGUGUCGGACGACGUGAUUAUUAGCGGUUGGGUAUAUGAGGUUGAGACCGGCAAAGUGAGGCAAAUCGUAUGAAAACAGUUGUAAGAUGUGGUCAAGUGAAUAGAUAUAAGGAGUAUGGGCUGUGGAAUGGUUGAAUAGUAUGAUUUUCUAAAUUGAAUAUCGGCUAAUCAUAUCCACUCAAGGCCACAUAAUGUAACUUGAAUACUACCUACCUAUAAUCUUAGCUACGUAAAUAUACCAUGCUCCCUAAACUUUCUGAUCUGGA